CUUUGUUUUACCUCAGACUUUGUUUGAAUCUUUAAAAGUGAAAGAAAAAACAAAUAUCAAAACUUCAUCAUCCUUUUGCUGUGUUGAGAAACUUCGGCGUAGUUAUUGCAAUUCGGUCCUUAAAUUCCGAAUUUCUCUUAAAAGAAGCAUCAUAUUUUCCUUUUGUACAUAAUAAUCCUUGCUUUUUUAAUUAUCUGAGCUAAGAAUGGGAAGCAGCGAGGAGAUGCCAGUGGUGCUCAUCACGGGAUGCUCUCAGGGAGGAAUCGGCAACGCGCUGGCGCGUGAGUUCUCGUCGAAGGGUUGUCGAGUGGUGGCUACGAGUCGAUCACAGACCACAAUGUCCGAUUUGGAGGAAGAUCCCAAGUUUUUCUUACAAGAACUCGAUGUUCAGACAGAACAUAACGUGAGUAAAGUCUUGUCGGAAGUUAUCAACAAGUUUGGUCAGAUCGAUGUUCUGGUCAAUAACGCAGGUGUUCAAUGCAUCGGACCACUCGCUGAGAUCCCAAUUCAGACAAUGGAGAACACUUUUAACACCAAUGUGUUCGGUUCAAUGAGGAUGACACAAGCUGUUAUACCACACAUGGCGUUAAAGAAAAAAGGAAAGAUUGUGAACAUAGGAAGCAUCAGCGCAAUGGCACCAGGACCAUGGGCAGGCGUUUACACCGCAUCGAAAGCCGCUCUUCAUGCUCUUACAGAUACAUUAAGGUUGGAGCUUAAGCCAUUUGGGAUCGAUGUGAUCAACAUUGUCCCAGGAGGUAUUCAAUCAAACAUAGCUGAGUCAGGGAUAGCGAGCUUCAACGAGUUACCUGAACUAAAACUAUACAAGCCGUUCGAGGAAGCUAUCCGUGAAAGGGCGUUUUUGUCUCAAAACGUUAAGCCAAUACCAGCAGAGACGUUUGCGAAGGAGGUGGUAUCUGUGGUGCUUAAGGAACACCCACCGGCUUGGUUCUCUACGGGAAGGUUAUCGACCGUUGCGGCGAUCAUGCACCAUAUGCCUAUAUCCGUUAAAGAUUUUCUCCUGACUAAGAGUUUCAUGAAAAAGGGGCCAAAUGAAACUGUUUGAAUGUGUAUACAAGAAGUGGAAAAUGUUGCCUAACCAUGAAACAAGCUAAAUACAAAGCUACAUAAAAAAAUUAUAUGAUAGAAUGGGCUUAUAAGCCCAAUACAGUGAAGAUUAAGAUCCUAGUAAGCUUAAGUCUGGUUAUUAUCACAAAACUAUGCUACUAGAGUACUAGUAAUAAAU